AUGGUUCGCGUCUGCUCCAGCAUCGAGGGCUCCGUCGCCCCCGAAAGCACCUUCCCGCGGGAGCUCUCUGUGCUCGUGAAUGACCGCUCUGCCGCCAUGCCCACACACAUGUUCGGUGUGUACUCGCGCGAGAAUCCCCCAGCAGGCGAGAAGAGGCGCCUCACCAUCUAUCCCCAACACGCUAUCGUCUGGGCCGCGCAUUGUGCGUCGUUGCCCACGCUCCCCGCCUCGAACCCGCAGCCUCCGGCGUCGCCUACGGACCGCCUCACCCUGCCCGUUGUACCCCUGCGCCUGCCCGAUCCCGAGUCAUUCCCGCUCCUCUCCACAUACCUCUACACACAUCGCCUCGAGCUGCUCCUGCAGAACCUGCUCCCUGCACCACCACCGGCCGCGAACGCGGACGCAGAGGUCCUCAUGGGCUACGCGCGCAUGCUCGCACGGACGUUCACAGGCCACGCGCUGUACGAACACCUCAUGAAGCUGCAGGGCCUGUGGAAGAACUCGACCUCGCUCGGCAUCUUUGAGCCCGGGCUGUGGGCGAUGAUCGACCUCGUGUGGGAGAUCCUCGUGAAUGCGCUCUCGAUCUGCCACGAGAACCCCCACGCAGACACCAUUCCCCCACCUAUGCCCGCCAAGACGUUCCCGUGCUCGUACGCGAUGGAGACCGACCCUGCUCCGAUGCCGACGCCUGCGCCCGUGCCUGUUCCAUCGUCGCCGCUGCGCGCGCAGCUAUGA